AUGUAUUCCAUCGUAGUGUUUGUUUUUGCGACAAGCGCCACAGUUACUGUUUUCAGUCAGAAUCAUGGACAUGGGCAUAGUGAAUUGACGGAAGCACAAUAUCAGCACCACAUACAAGAACUCUGGGCGGCUGGUAACUACGACAACAAUGACGUGUUCUCAAUGGUGGAACUUCAUGACGUAUUUGCGCACUACGACACCAACAAGGAUGGGUCAAUAAGCCGUCACGAGUACACAACCUUCAUCAGUUCUCAAGCCCCGGAUCUGCUAAAUUAUGCGCAUGCGCUCUAUGAUAUCUACGAUGCCAACGGUGACCAUCAUCUGAGGCUUGAAGAUCUAAACGCCCUUUACGCCAAAAUGGAUAUAGAUGGUGACGGUACCGUAAGCAAGUCCGAUUUCUUCGCAUUUUGGCACCAGACCCUGGUUGCUAAUGCUCAUCAUCAUGGACAUGGACAACAUCUGGUUGGUUAGAAAAUGUCAGCUUUGUUAUAUGAUAGAAUUCAAGCAUUGUUUCUUUCUUUGUC